AGUUCCAAGAGGGCCACCAAGAAGACUACGCUCUGAGUUUCAGGUAACCAAGUGUUUGCUGUGCAGAAUACUUUACCUCGGCACCCAAGUCUUCCUUCCAGCAUUCCUGCUGCUACAGCCUAUUUGCUAAGAGUAACCAGGGGUUACAGCAGUGUUGCCAGGCAACGAGGGACAGCGGUCCUGUUGAAGAGCCAUUUGUCACACUGAGGGGACUGGUUGAAAUGCAAUAAAGAAAUGAUACCAGCUGCUACUCAUGUCUUCGCCAUUGCUAAGAACAUCGUUGGUAUUACCUUACUCUGAGAACGUGUCUGCAGUUUCCAGAAAAUGGAGUAUCGCAACAUCACUUAAAGUACCCUGCUUUAAAGUAUUGCUGGCAAGUGGCGUGGGCCUGAUUAUUUAUUUAGAAAUGCUUUAUCAGGAGGAGAAUGCUUUUUUGUAAACAUGAAUUGCCCGGUUCUUUCAUUGGGCUCUGGCUUCUUGUUUCAGGUCAUUGAAAUGUUGAUCUUUGUCUAUUUUGCUUCAAUAUCCUUGGCUGAGUCACGAGGUCUUUUCCCAAGGCUGGAGAAUGUGGGAGCUUUCAAGAAUGUUUCCAUCGUGCCAACCCAAGCAGUAUGUGGACUCCCAGACCGAAGCACUUUUUGUCAUAGCUCUGCUGCUGCUGAAAGUAUUCAGUUCUGUACCCAGCGGUUUUGCAUUCAGGAUUGCCCAUACAGAUCUUCACACCCUACCUAUACUGCCCUUUUCUCAGCAGGCCUCAGUGGCUGCAUCACACCAGACAAGAAUGAUCUGCAUCCUAACUCCCAUAGCAAUUCUACAAGUUUUAUUUUUGGAAAUCACAAGAACUGCUUUUCUUCUCCUCCUUCUCCAAGGCUGAUGGCAUCAUUUACCUUAGCUGUAUGGCUGAAACCUGAGCAACAAGGUGUAAUGUGUGUUAUAGAAAAGACAGUAGAUGGGCAGAUUGUGUUCAAACUUACAAUAUCUGAGAAAGAGACCAUGUUUUAUUAUCGCACAGUAAAUGGUUUGCAACCUCCAAUAAAAGUAAUGACACUGGGGAGAAUUCUUGUGAAGAAAUGGAUUCAUCUUAGUGUGCAGGUGCAUCAGACAAAAAUCAGCUUCUUUAUCAAUGGCGUGGAGAAGGAUCAUACACCUUUCGAUGCAAGAACUCUGAGUGGUUCAAUUACAGAUUUUGCAUCUGGUACUGUGCAAAUAGGACAGAGUUUAAAUGGUUUAGAGCAGUUUGUCGGAAGAAUGCAAGAUUUUCGAUUAUACCAAGUGGCACUUACAAACAGAGAGAUUCUGGAAGUUUUUUCUGGAGAUCUUCUCAGAUUGCAUGCCCAAUCACAUUGCCGUUGCCCUGGCAGCCACCCGCGGGUCCACCCUUUGGCACAGCGGUACUGCAUUCCUAAUGAUGCAGGAGACACAGCUGAUAAUAGAGUGUCACGGUUGAAUUCUGAAGCCCAUCCUCUCUCUUUUGUCAAUGAUAAUGAUGUUGGUACUUCAUGGGUUUCAAAUGUGUUUACAAACGUUACACAGCUUAAUCAAGGAGUGACUAUUUCAGUUGACUUGGAAAACGGGCAGUAUCAGGUGUUUUAUAUUAUCAUUCAGUUCUUUAGUCCACAACCAACGGAAAUAAGGAUUCAAAGGAAGAAGGAAAAUAGUUCAGAUUGGGAAGACUGGCAAUAUUUUGCCAGAAAUUGUGGUGCUUUUGGAAUGAAAAACAAUGGAGGUUUGGAAAAACCUGAUUCUGUAAACUGUCUUCAGCUUUCCAAUUUUACUCCAUAUUCCCGUGGCAAUGUCACAUUUAGCAUCCUGACACCUGGACCAAAUUAUCGUCCUGGAUACAAUGACUUCUAUAAUACCCCAUCUCUUCAAGAGUUCGUAAAAGCCACGCAAAUAAGGUUUCAUUUUCAUGGGCAGUACUAUACAACUGAGACUGCUGUUAACCUCAGACACAGAUAUUAUGCAGUGGACGAAAUCACCAUUAGUGGGAGAUGUCAGUGCCAUGGUCAUGCCGAUAACUGCGACACAACAAGCCAGCCAUAUCGAUGCCUCUGCUCCCAGGAGAGCUUCACUGAAGGACUUCACUGUGAUCGCUGCUUGCCUCUUUAUAAUGACAAGCCUUUCCGCCAAGGUGAUCAAGUUCACGCUUUCAAUUGUAAACCUUGUCAAUGCAACAGCCAUUCCAAAAGCUGCCAUUACAACAUCUCUGUAGACCCAUUUCCUUCUGAGCACUUCAGAGGGGGAGGAGGAGUUUGUGAUGAUUGUGAGCAUAGUACUACAGGAAGGAACUGUGAGCUGUGCAAGGAUUACUUUUUCCGACAAGUUGGUGCAGAUCCUUUGGCCAUAGAUGUUUGCAAACCCUGUGACUGUGAUAAAGUUGGCACUAGAAAUGGUAGCAUUCUUUGCGAUCAGAUUGGAGGCCGGUGUAAUUGUAAGAGACAUGUGUCUGGCAGACAGUGCAAUCAGUGCCAGAAUGGAUUCUACAAUCUACGAGAGUUGGAUCCUGAUGGCUGCAGUCCCUGUAACUGCAAUACCUCUGGGACAGUGGAUGGAGAUAUUACCUGUCACCAAAAUUCAGGCCAGUGCAAGUGCAAAGCAAACGUUAUUGGGCUUAGGUGUGAUCGUUGCAAUUUUGGAUUUAAAUUUCUCCGAAGCUUUAAUAAUGAUGGAUGUGAGCCCUGCCAGUGUAACCUCCAUGGCUCAGUGAACAAAUUCUGCAAUCCUCUCUCUGGGCAGUGUGAGUGCAAAAAAGAAGCCAAAGGACUUCAGUGUGACACCUGCAGAGAAAACUUUUAUGGGUUAGAUGUCACCAAUUGUAAGGCCUGUGACUGUGACACAGCUGGAUCCCUCCCUGGGACUGUCUGUAAUGCUAAGACAGGGCAGUGCAUCUGUAAGCCCAAUGUUGGAGGGAGACAGUGCAAUAAAUGUUUGGAGGGAAACUUCUACCUACGGCAAAAUAAUUCUUUCCUCUGUCUGCCUUGCAACUGUGAUAAGACUGGGACAACAAAUGGCUCUCUGCUGUGUGACAAAUCAACAGGACAAUGUCCUUGCAAAUUAGGGGUAACAGGUCUUCGCUGUAAUCAGUGUGAGCCUCACAGGUACAAUUUGACCAUUGACAAUUUUCAACGCUGCCAGAUGUGUGAGUGUGACUCCUUGGGGACAUUACCUGGGACCAUUUGUGACCCAAUCAGUGGCCAGUGCCUAUGUGUGCCUAAUCGUCAAGGAAGAAGGUGUAAUCAGUGUCAACCAGGUUUUUAUAUUUCUCCAGGCAAUGCCACUGGCUGCCUGCCAUGCUCAUGCCAUACAACUGGUGCAGUUAAUCACAUCUGUAAUAGCCUGACUGGUCAGUGUGUUUGCCAAGAUGAUUCCAUUGCUGGGCAACGUUGUGACCAAUGCAAAGACCAUUACUUUGGAUUUGAUCCUCAGACUGGAAGAUGUCAGCCUUGUAAUUGUCAUCUCUCAGGAGCCUUGAAUGAAACCUGUCACUUGGUCACAGGCCAGUGUUUCUGUAAACAAUUUGUCACUGGCUCAAAGUGUGAUGCUUGUGUUCCCAGUGCAAGCCACUUGGAUGUCAACAAUCUAUUGGGUUGCAGCAAAACUCCAUUCCAGCAACCUCCGCCCAGAGGAAAAGUUCAAAGUUCUUCUGCUAUCAAUCUCUCCUGGAGUCCACCUGAUUCUCCAAAUGCCCACUGGCUUACUUACAGUUUACUCAGGGAUGGUUUUGAAAUCUACACAACAGAGGAUCAAUACCCAUACAGUAUUCAACACUUCUUAGACACAGACCUGUUACCAUAUACCAAAUAUUCCUACUACAUUGAGACCACCAAUGUGCAUGGUUCAACAAGGAGUGUAGCUGUCACUUACAGGACAAAACCAGGGGUUCCAGAGGGAAACUUGACUUUAAGUUAUAUCAUUCCUAUUGGCUCAGACUCUGUCACACUUACCUGGACAACACUCUCAAAUCAAUCUGGUCCCAUAGAGAAAUAUAUUUUGUCCUGUGCCCCUUUGGCUGGUGGUCAGCCAUGUGUUUCCUACGAAGGUCAUGAAACCUCAGCUACCAUCUGGAAUCUGGUUCCAUUUGCCAAGUACAAUUUUUCUAUACAGGCCUGUACUAGCGGAGGCUGUUUACACAGCUUGCCCAUUGCAGUGACCACAGCCCAGGCACCUCCCCAAAGACUGAGUCCACCUAAGGUGCAGAAAAUCAGUUCUACAGAACUUCAUGUAGAAUGGUCUCCACCAGAGGAACUAAAUGGAAUAAUUAUAAGAUAUGAACUAUACAUGAGAAGACUGAGAUCUACUAAAGAAGCCACAUCUGAGGAAAGUCGAAUUUUUCAGAGCAGUGGUUGGCUCAGUCCUCAUUCAUUUGUAGAAUCGGCCAAUGAAAAUGCAUUAAAACCUCCUCAAACAAUGACAACCAUCACUGGCUUGGAGCCAUACACCAAGUAUGAGUUUAGAGUCUUAGCUGUGAAUAUGGCUGGAAGUGUGUCUUCUGCCUGGGUCUCAGAAAGAACUGGAGAAUCAGCACCUGUAUUCAUGAUCCCUCCUUCAGUCUUUCCCCUCUCUUCGUACUCUCUCAAUAUCUCCUGGGAGAAGCCAGCAGAUAAUGUUACAAGAGGAAAAGUUGUGGGGUAUGACAUCAAUAUGAUUUCUGAACAAUCACCUCAACAGUCUAUUCCCGUGGCGUUUUCACAGCUGUUGCACACUGCUAAAUCCCAAGAACUAUCUUACACUGUAGAAGGACUGAAACCUUAUAGGAUAUAUGAGUUUACUAUUACUGUCUGCAAUUCAGUUGGUUGUGUGACCAGUGCUUCGGGAGCAGGACAAACUUUAGCAUCAGCACCAGCACAACUGAGGCCACCUCUGGUUAAAGGAAUCAACAGCACAACAAUCCAUCUUAGGUGGUUUCCACCUGAAGAACUGAAUGGACCCUCUCCUAUGUAUCAGCUGGAAAGGAGAGAGUCAUCUCUGCCAGCUCGGAUGACCACGGUGAUGAAAGGAAUCCGUUUCACAGGAAAUGGGUAUUGUAAAUUUCCCAGCUCCACUCAACCAGUCAAUACAGACUUUACUGGCAUUAAGGCCAGCUUUCGAACAAAAGUGCCUGAAGGUUUGAUUGUCUUUGCAGCAUCACCUGGCAAUCAGGAAGAGUAUUUUGCACUUCAGUUGAAGAAGGGACGUCUUUAUUUUCUUUUCGAUCCUCAGGGGUCACCAGUGGAAGUAACUACAACUAAUGAUCAUGGCAAACAAUAUAGUGAUGGAAAAUGGCAUGAAAUAAUUGCUAUUAGGCAUCAGGCUUUUGGCCAAAUCACUCUGGAUGGGAUAUAUACAGGUUCCUCUGCCAUCCUAAAUGGUAGUACUGUUAUUGGUGAUAACACAGGAGUAUUUCUGGGAGGGCUGCCGCGAAGUUAUACCAUCCUCAGGAAGGAUCCUGAGAUAAUCCAAAAGGGUUUUGUGGGCUGUCUCAAGGAUGUACAUUUUAUGAAGAAUUACAAUCCAUCAGCUAUUUGGGAACCUCUGGAUUGGCAGAGUUCUGAAGAACAAAUCAACGUGUAUAACAGCUGGGAGGGAUGCCCCGCUUCAUUAAAUGAGGGAGCUCAGUUCCUAGGAGCAGGGUUCCUGGAACUUCAUCCGUAUAUGUUUCAUGGUGGAAUGAACUUUGAGAUUUCCUUUAAGUUCAGAACUGACCAAUUAAAUGGAUUGCUUCUUUUCGUUUAUAACACAGAUGGACCUGAUUUUCUUGCUAUGGAGCUGAAAAGUGGAAUAUUGACCUUCCGGUUAAAUACCAGUCUUGCCUUUACACAAGUGGAUCUAUUGCUGGGGCUCUCCUAUUGUAAUGGAAAGUGGAAUAAAGUCAUUAUUAAAAAGGAAGGCUCUUUCAUAUCAGCAAGUGUGAAUGGACUGAUGAAGCAUGCAUCGGAGUCCGGAGACCAGCCACUGGUGGUGAAUUCACCAGUUUAUGUGGGAGGAAUCCCACAGGAACUGCUGAACUCUUAUCAACAUUUGUGUUUGGAACAAGGUUUCGGUGGUUGCGUGAAGGAUGUUAAAUUUACACGGGGUGCUGUCGUUAACUUGGCAUCUGUGUCCAGCGGUGCUGUCAGAGUCAAUCUGGAUGGAUGCCUAUCAACUGACAGUGCUGUUAACUGCAGGGGAAAUGACUCCAUCCUGGUUUACCAUGGAAAAGAGCAGAGUGUUUACGAGGGUGGUCUCCAGCCUUUUACAGAAUACCUGUAUCGGGUGAUAGCCUCGCAUGAAGGAGGUUCAGUAUAUAGUGAUUGGAGUCGAGGACGUACAACAGGAGCAGCUCCACAAAGUGUGCCAACUCCCUCAAGAGUCCGCAGCUUAAAUGGAUACAGCAUUGAGGUGACCUGGGAUGAACCUGUUGUCAGAGGUGUAAUUGAGAAGUACAUUCUGAAAGCCUAUAGUGAGGACAGCACCCAUCCACCCCACAUGCCCUCUGCCAGUGCUGAAUUUGUCAAUACAAGCACCCUCACAGGCAUAUUGACAGGCUUGCUACCCUUCAAAAACUAUGCAGUAACCCUAACUGCUUGCACUUUGGCUGGCUGUACUGAGAGCUCGCAUGCAUUGAACAUCUCUACUCCACAAGAAGCCCCACAAGAGGUUCAGCCACCAGUAGCCAAAUCCCUUCCCAAUUCUUUGCUGCUCUCCUGGAACCCACCCAAAAAGGCGAAUGGUAUUAUAACUCAGUACUGUUUAUACAUGGAUGGGAGGCUGAUCUAUUCAGGCAAUGAGGAGAACUACACAGUCACAGAUUUAGCAGUAUUUACACCCCACCAGUUUCUACUAAGUGCAUGCACACAUGUGGGAUGUACAAACAGUUCCUGGGUCCUACUGUACACAGCACAGCUGCCACCAGAACAUGUGGAUUCCCCAAUUCUAACUGUCCUGGAUUCUAGAACUAUAUACAUACAGUGGAAACAACCAAGAAAAAUAAGUGGGAUUCUGGAACGCUAUAUAUUAUAUAUUUCAAAUGACACACAUGAUUUUACAAUUUGGAGUGUCAUCUAUAACAGCACAGAACUUUUCCAGGAUCAUAUGCUACAAUACCUUUUACCUGGUAAUAAAUAUCUCAUCAAGCUGGGAGCUUGCACGGGUGGUGGGUGCACAGUGAGUGAGGCCAGUGAGGCCCUAACUGACGAGGACAUACCCGAAGGCGUGCCAGCCCCCAAAGCCCACUCAUAUUCACCUGACUCCUUUAAUGUCUCCUGGACUGAGCCUGAAUAUCCGAAUGGUGUUAUCACGAGUUAUGGAUUAUAUCUAGAUGGUAUCUUAAUCCACAAUUCCUCAGAACUCAGCUGUCAUGCUUAUGGAUUUGCUCCUUGGAGUUUACAUUCCUUCAGAGUCCAAGCAUGCACGGCCAAAGGUUGUGCUCUGGGCCCACUGGUGGAAAAUCGAACUCUAGAAGCUCCUCCUGAAGGAACAGUAAAUGUGUUUGUCAAAACACAGGGAUCCCGGAAAGCCCACGUGAGGUGGGAAGCACCUUAUCGCCCUAAUGGACUCUUAACAUAUUCAGUCGUUUUCACUGGGAUAUUCUAUGUAGACCCAGUAGGUAAUAACUACACCCUUCUGAAUGUCACAAAAGUCAUGUACAGCGGAGAAGAGACAAACCUUUGGGUGCUCAUCGAUGGGCUGGUUCCUUUUACCAACUAUACUGUACAAGUGAAUAUUUCAAAUAGCCAAGGCAGCUUGAUAACUGAUCCUAUAACAAUUGCAAUGCCUCCAGGAGCUCCAGAUGGCGUGCUGCCUCCCAGGCUUUCAUCUGCCACUCCAACCAGUCUUCAGGUUGUCUGGUCUACACCAGCUCGUAAUAAUGCUCCUGGCUCUCCCAGAUACCAACUCCAGAUGAGGUCUGGCGACUCCACCCGUGGAUUUCUAGAGUUAUUUUCCAAUCCUUCUGCAUCGUUAAGCUAUGAAGUGAGCGAUCUCCAACCGUACACAGAGUAUAUGUUUCGGUUGGUUGCCUCCAAUGGAUUUGGCAGUGCACAUAGUUCUUGGAUUCCAUUCAUGACCGCAGAGGACAAACCUGGACCUGUAGUUCCUCCGAUUCUUCUGGAUGUGAAGUCAAGAAUGAUGUUGGUCACCUGGAAGCAUCCUAGAAAAUCCAAUGGGGUUAUUACCCAUUAUAACGUUUAUCUACAUGGCCGUCUAUACUUGAGAACUCCUGGAAAUGUCACUAAUUGCACAGUGAUGCAUUUACACCCAUAUACUGCCUAUAAGUUUCAGGUAGAAGCCUGCACUUCAAAAGGAUGUUCCCUUUCGCCAGAGUCCCAGACUGUAUGGACACUCCCAGGGGCACCGGAAGGGAUCCCAAGUCCAGAGCUGUUCUCUGAUACUCCAAUAUCUGUGAUUAUAUCUUGGCAACCCCCUACCCACCCCAAUGGCUUGGUGGAGAAUUUCACAAUUGAGAGAAGAGUCAAAGGAAAGGAAGAAGUUACUACCCUGGUGACUCUCCCAAGGAGUCAUUCCAUGAGGUUUAUUGACAAGACUUCUUCUCUUAGCCCAUGGACAAAAUACGAAUAUCGGGUACUGAUGAGCACUCUUCAUGGGGGCACAAACAGCAGUGCUUGGGUAGAAGUUACCACAAGACCCUCACGACCUGCUGGGCUGCAGCCGCCUGUGGUGACGGUGCUGGAACCCGAUGCAGUCCAGGUCACUUGGAAACCCCCACUCAUCCAGAAUGGAGACAUACUUAGCUAUGAGAUUCGCAUGCCUGACCCUCACAUCACUAUAACCAAUGUGACUUCCACAGUGUUAAGUCAGAAAGUUACUCAUCUGAUUCCUUUCACUAAUUAUUCUGUCACCAUUGUUGCUUGCUCAGGGGGUAAUGGGUACCUUGGAGGGUGCACAGAGAGUUUACCUACCUAUGUUACCACUCACCCCACCGUACCUCAGAAUGUUGGCCCAUUGUCUGUGAUUCCACUAAGUGAAUCAUAUGUUGUGAUUUCUUGGCAACCACCAUCCAAGCCAAAUGGACCUAAUUUGAGAUAUGAGCUUCUGAGACGUAAAAUCCAGCAACCACUUGCAUCAAAUCCCCCAGAAGAUUUAAAUCGGUGGCACAAUAUUUAUUCAGGAACUCAGUGGUUUUAUGAAGAUAAGGGUCUUAGCAGGUUUACAACCUAUGAAUAUAUGCUCUUCGUACACAACAGUGUGGGUUUUACACCGAGCCAAGAAGUGACUGUGACAACGUUAGCUGGUUUUCCAGAGAGAGGAGCCAAUCUCACUGCGAGUGUCCUUAACCACACAGCCAUUGACGUGGGGUGGGCUAAACCAACUGUUCAAGACCUACAAGGUGAAGUUGAAUAUUACACACUUUUUUGGAGUUCUGCUACCUCAAACGACUCUCUAAAAAUCUUGCCAGAUGUAAACUCUCAUGUCAUUGGCCACCUAAAGCCAAACACAGAGUAUUGGAUCUUUAUCUCUGUCUUCAAUGGAGUCCACAGCAUCAACAGUGCAGGACUUCAUGCAACCACUUGCGAUGGGGAGCCUCAGGGCAUGCUUCCUCCAGAGGUUGUCAUCAUCAACAGUACAGCUGUACGUGUCAUCUGGACAUCUCCUUCAAACCCAAAUGGUGUUGUCAUUGAGUAUUCUAUCUACGUAAAUAAUAAGCUCUACAAGACCGGAAUGAAUGUGCCUGGGUCGUUUAUUCUGAGAGACCUGUCUCCCUUCACUAUCUAUGACAUUCAGGUUGAAGUCUGCACAAUAUACGCCUGCGUGAAAAGCAAUGGAACCCAAAUCACCACUGUGGAAGAUACUCCAAGUGAUAUACCAACACCCACAAUUCGUGGCAUCACUUCAAGAUCUCUUCAAAUUGAUUGGGUGUCUCCACAGAAGCCAAAUGGCAUCAUUCUUGGAUAUGAUCUCCUAUGGAAAACAUGGUAUCCAUGCCCUAAAACUCAAAAGUUAGUGCAGGACCAGAGUGAUGAGCUCUGCAAGGCAGUGAGGUGUCAAAAACCUGAAUAUAUCUGUGGACACAUUUGCUAUUCUCCUGAAGCUAAGGUUUGUUGUAACGGAGUGCUCUAUAACCCCAAGCCUGGACACCGCUGUUGUGAAGAAAAGUAUAUCCCGUUUGUUCUGAAUUCUACUGGAGUUUGUUGUGGUGGCCGAAUACAGGAGGCACAACCAAAUCAUCAGUGCUGCUCUGGGUAUUACGCUAGAAUUCUACCAGGUGAAGUAUGCUGUCCAGAUGAACAGCACAAUCGGGUUUCUGUUGGCAUUGGUGAUUCCUGCUGUGGCAGAAUGCCGUACUCCACCUCAGGAAACCAGAUUUGCUGUGCUGGGAGGCUUCAUGAUGGCCAUGGCCAGAAGUGCUGUGGCAGACAGAUUGUGAGCAACGAUUUAGAGUGUUGUGGUGGAGAAGAAGGAGUGGUGUACAAUCGCCUUCCAGGGAUGUUCUGUUGUGGGCAGGAUUAUGUGAAUAUGUCAGAUACCAUAUGCUGCUCAGCUUCCAGUGGAGAGUCUAAAGCACAUGUUAAAAAGAAUGACCCGGUGCCAGUAAAAUGCUGUGAGACUGAACUUAUUCCAAAGAGCCAGAAAUGCUGUAAUGGAGUUGGAUAUAAUCCUUUGAAAUAUGUUUGCUCUGACAAGAUUUCAACUGGAAUGAUGAUGAAGGAAACCAAAGAGUGCAGGACCCUCUGCCCAGCAUCUAUGGAAGCCACAGCACAUUGUGGCAGGUGUGACUUCAACUUUACCAGCCAGAUUUGCACUGUGAUAAGAGGAUCUCACAAUUCCACAGGGAAGGCAUCAAUUGAAGAAAUGUGUUCAUCUGCGGAAGAAACCAUUCAUACAGGGAGUGUAAACACGUACUCUUACACAGAUGUGAACCUCAAGCCCUACAUGACAUAUGAGUACAGGAUUUCUGCCUGGAACAGCUAUGGGCGAGGACUCAGCAAAGCUGUGAGAGCCAGAACAAAAGAAGAUGUACCUCAAGGAGUGAGUCCCCCUACGUGGACCAAAAUAGACAAUCUUGAAGAUACAAUUGUCUUAAACUGGAGAAAACCUAUACAAUCAAAUGGUCCCAUUAUUUACUACAUUCUUCUUCGAAAUGGAAUUGAACGUUUUCGGGGAACAUCACUGAAUUUCUCUGAUAGAGAGGGAAUUCAACCAUUUCAGGAAUAUUCAUAUCAGCUGAAAGCUUGCACGGUUGCUGGCUGUGCCACCAGUAGCAAGGUAGUUGCAGCUACUACCCAAGGAGUUCCGGAGAGCAUCCUGCCACCAAGCAUCACAGCCCUAAGUGCAGAGGCUCUGCAUCUGAGCUGGAGUGUCCCUGAGAAACCAAACGGCGUCAUUAAAGAGUACCAGAUCAGGCAGGUUGGGAAAGGUCUCAUCCACACUGACACCACUGACAGGAGACAGCAUACGGUCACAGGUCUCCAGCCAUACACCAACUACAGCUUCACGCUUACGGCUUGUACAUCUGCUGGGUGCACUUCAAGCGAGCCUUUUCUAGGUCAGACACUGCAGGCAGCUCCUGAAGGAGUUUGGGUGACACCUCGACACAUUAUCAUCAAUUCUACAACAGUGGAAUUAUAUUGGAGUCUGCCAGAAAAGCCCAAUGGCCUCAUUUCUCAAUAUCAAUUGAGUCGUAAUGGAAAUUUGCUUUUCCUGGGUGGCAGUGAGGAGCAGAAAUUCACUGAUAAAAACCUGGAGCCCAAUAGCAGAUACACUUACAAGUUAGAAGUCAAAACUGGAGGUGGCAGCAGUACUAGUGAUGAUUACAUUGUUCAAACACCUCUGUCAACACCAGAAGAAAUCUAUCCUCCAUAUAAUAUCACAGUAAUUGGGCCUUAUUCUAUAUUUGUAGCUUGGAUACCACCAGGGAUCCUCAUCCCCAAAAUUCCUGUGGAGUACAAUGUCUUACUCAAUGAUGGAAGUGUAACACCUCUGGCCUUCUCCGUUGGUCCUCAUCAAUCCACCCUUCUGGAAAAUUUGGCUCCAUUCACACAGUAUGAGAUAAGGAUACAAGCAUGUCAAAAUGGAGGUUGUGGGGUUAGCAGUAGGAUGUUUGUCAAAACACCUGAAGCAGCCCCAGUGGAUCUUAAUUCUCCUGUUCUUAAGGCACUGGGGUCAGCUUCCAUAGAGAUUAAAUGGAUGCCACCUGAAAAACCAAAUGGAAUCAUCAUCAACUACUUUAUUUACAGACGCCCUGCUGGCAUUGAAGAGGAGUCUCUUUUAUUUGUCUGGUCAGAAGGAGCCCUUGAAUUUAUAGAUGAAGGAGACACCCUGAGGCCUUUCACACUCUACGAAUAUCGGGUCAGAGCCUGUAACUCCAAAGGUUCAGUGGAGAGUCUGUGGUCAUUAACACGAACUCUGGAAGCCCCACCUCAAGAUUUUCCAGCUCCUUGGGCUCAAGCCACCAGUGCUCAUUCAGUUCUGUUGAAUUGGACAAAGCCAGAAUCUCCCAAUGGCAUUAUCUCCCAUUACCGUGUGGUCUACCAGGAGAGACCCGACGAUCCAACAUUUAACAGCCCUGCCGUGCAUGCUUUCACAGUGAUGGGAACAAGCCAUCAAGCCCACCUGUUCGGGUUAGAACCAUUCACAACAUACCGCAUUGGUGUUGUAGCAGCAAACCAUGCAGGAGAAAUUUUAAGCCCCUGGACUCUGAUUCAAACCUUAGAAUCUUCCCCAAGUGGACUGAGAAAUUUUAUAGUAGAACAGAAAGAGAAUGGCCGGGCAUUGCUACUACAGUGGUCAGAGCCUAUGAGAACCAAUGGUGUGAUUAAGACAUACAGCAUCUUCAGUGACGGGCUCCUAGAGUACUCUGGUUUGAAUCGUCAGUUUCUCUUCCGCCGCCUGGAUCCUUUCACUCUCUACACACUGACCCUGGAGGCCUGCACCACAGCAGGCUGUGCACACUCGGCGCCCCAGCCUCUGUGGACAGAUGAAGCCCCUCCAGACUCUCAGCUGGCUCCUACUGCCCACUCUGUGAAGUCCACCAGUGUUGAGCUGAGCUGGUCUGAGCCUGUUAACCCAAAUGGAAAAAUAAUUCGCUAUGAAGUGAUUCGCAGAUGCUUCGAGGGAAAAGCUUGGGGAAAUCAGACAAUCCAGGCCAAUGAGAAAAUUGUUUUCACAGAAUAUAACACUGAAAGGAAUACAUUUAUGUAUAAUGACACAGGUUUGCAACCAUGGACGCAGUGUGAAUAUAAAAUCUGCACUUGGAAUUCAGCUGGGCAUACUUGUAGCUCUUGGAAUGUGGUGAGGAUGUCGCAAGCACCUCCAGAAGGUCUCUCUCCACCUGUGAUAUCCUAUGUUUCUAUGAAUCCCCAAAAACUGCUGAUUUCCUGGAUCCCACCAGAACAGUCUAAUGGUAUUAUCCAGUCCUAUAGGCUUCAAAGGAAUGAAAUGCUCUAUCCUUUUAGCUUUGAUGCUGUGACUUUCAAUUACACUGAUGAAGAGCUUCUUCCUUUUUCCACCUAUAGCUAUGCACUCCAAGCCUGCACGAGUGGAGGCUGCUCCACCAGCAAACCCACCAGCAUCACAACUCUGGAGGCUGCUCCAUCAGGCGUCAGCCCUCCAGAUCUUUGGGCCAUCAGUGCCACUCAAAUAAAUGUAAGUUGGUCACCGCCCGCAGUUCAAAAUGGAAAGAUCACUAAAUAUUUAGUUAGAUAUGAUAAUAAGGAGUCCCUUGCUGGCCAGGGCCUGUGCCUCCUGGUUUCCCACCUGCAGCCUUACACUCAGUAUAACUUCUCCCUUGUAGCCUGCACGAAUGGAGGUUGCACAGCUAGUGUGUCAAAAUCUGCGUGGACAAUGGAGGCCCUGCCAGAGAACAUGGACUCUCCAACAUUGCAAGUCACAGGCUCAGAAUCGAUAGAAAUCACCUGGAAACCUCCAAGAAACCCAAAUGGCCAGAUCAGAAGUUAUGAACUCAGGAGGGAUGGAACCAUUGUAUAUACAGGCUUGGAAACACGCUAUCAUGAUUUUACUCUCACCCCAGGUGUGGAGUAUGGCUACACAGUAACUGCCAACAACAGCCAAGGGGGUAUUUUGAGUCCUCUUGUCAAAGAUCGAACCAGCCCCUCAGCACCCUCAGGGAUGGAACCUCCAAAAUUGCAGGCCAGGGGUCCUCAGGAGAUCUUAGUGAACUGGGACCCUCCAGUGAGAACAAAUGGUGAUAUCAUCAACUAUACCCUCUUCAUCCGUGAACUAUUUGAAAGAGAAACUAAAAUCAUACACAUAAACACAACUCAUAAUUCUUUUGGUACACAGUCAUACAUAGUAAACCAGCUGAAGCCAUUUCACAGGUAUGAAAUACGAAUUCAAGCGUGCACCACCCUGGGAUGUGCAUCAAGUGACUGGACAUUCAUACAGACCCCUGAGAUUGCACCUCUGAUGCAACCCCCUCCACAUCUGGAGGUACAAAUGGCUCCAGGAGGAUUCCAGCCAACUGUUUCCCUUUUGUGGACAGGACCGCUACAGCCAAAUGGAAAAGUUUUGUAUUACGAAUUAUACAGAAGACAAAUAGCAACUCAGCCUGGAAAAUCCAAUCCAGUCCUAAUCUAUAAUGGAAGCUCAACCUCUUUUAUAGAUUCCGAACUAUUGCCUUUCACACAGUAUGAGUAUCAGGUCUGGGCGGUGAAUUCUGCAGGAAAAGCCCCCAGUAGCUGGACAUGGUGCAGAACCGGGCCGGCCCCACCAGAAGGUCUCAGAGCCCCCACGUUCCAUGCGAUCUCUUCUACCCAAGCAGUGGUGAACAUCAGUGCCCCCGGGAAGCCCAAUGGGAUCAUCAGUCUCUACAGGCUGUUCUCCAGCAGCAUCCAUGGUGCUGAGACAGUGCUAUCCGAAGGCAUGGCCACCCAGCAGACUCUCCACGGCCUUCAAGCCUUCACUAACUACUCUAUUGGAGUAGAGGCCUGCACCUGCUUCAACUGCUGCAGCAAAGGACCGACAGCUGAACUGAGAACCCAUCCUGCUCCACCCUCAGGACUGUCCUCUCCACAAAUCGAGACGCUGGCCUCAAGGAUGGCCUCCUUCCAGUGGAGUCCCCCCAUGUUCCCCAAUGGUGUCAUUUACAGCUAUGAACUCCAACUCCACGUGGCUUGCCCUCCUGACUCAGCCCUCCCCUGUACUCCCAGCCAAAUAGAGACAAAGUACACGGGGCUGGGGCAGAAAGCCAGCCUUGGGGGUCUCCAGCCCUAUACCACGUACAAGCUGAGAGUGGUGGCACACAACGAGGUGGGCAGCACGGCUUCCGAGUGGAUCAGUUUCACCACCCAAAAAGAAUUGCCUCAGUACCGAGCCCCAUUUUCGGUGGACAGCAAUUUGUCUGUGGUGUGUGUGAACUGGAGUGGCACCUUCCUCCUGAACGGCCAACUGAAGGAGUACGUGUUAACCGAUGGAGGGCGACGCGUGUACAGCGGCUUCGACACCACCCUCUACAUACCGAGAACGGCGGACAAAACCUUCUUUUUCCAGGUCAUCUGCACGACUGAUGAAGGAAGUGUUAAGACGCCAUUGAUCCAAUAUGAUACCUCUACUGGACUUGGCUUGGUCCUAACAACGCCUGGAGAAAAGAAGGGAUCACGGAGCAAAAGCACAGAGUUCUACAGCGAGCUGUGGUUCAUAGUGUUAAUGGCGAUGCUGGGCUUGAUCUUGUUGGCCAUUUUUCUGUCCCUGAUACUACAAAGAAAAAUCCACAAAGAGCCAUAUAUCAGAGAAAGACCUCCCUUGGUACCUCUUCAGAAGAGGAUGUCUCCAUUGAAUGUUUACCCACCAGGGGAAAACCAUAUGGGGUUAGCCGAUACCAAAAUUCUCCGGUCUGGGACACCUGUGAGUAUCCACAGCAACCGGAGUGCAUGUGUCCUGCGCAUCCCGAGUCAAAGCCAAACCAGCCUAACCUACUCCCAGGGUUCUCUUCACCGCAGCGUCAGCCAGCUCAUGGACGUUCAAGACAAGAAAGUCUUGAUGGACGACUCGCUGUGGGAAGCCAUCAUGGGCCACAACAGUGGACUGUAUGUGGAUGAAGAGGACCUGAUGAAUGCCAUCAAGGGUUUCAGCUCAGUGACUAAGGAACGCACCACAUUCACGGACACCCACCUGUAAAGGAUGGAAACCCGGCAGAUGUAAGCCUGGAAUGCAAGCUCUGCACCCCUUUCCUCCUGGGUUAUCACUGACACAUCAUAAAUGCUGAAAAGCCAUUGUUCAUUGUCCUAUAAUUCUUUAAAGAAAAGAUGACUGUUUUUGAAAGCAUUUCUUCCUAAUAGAGGUCUAAGAAAUGAUAUUUUUCUCGUCUGAAAUGAGAGAUAAUAUUCAUAUGAAAAUACUUGGUUUGCUCUUAUUUUGUGGAAGACAAAGAAGUAUGUAAUUGUCACUUGGUUCUGUUUGGCAGUAAUGCUCCUGGUUAACUGAAUAAUCAGUGGCAAUUUCAAGAUGGCUCACAGUUGUUAGAAGUAGUAAGUUAGUUACUGGCUCAAAAACUAAAUGAUUCUAUUGAAAGGAUGUCACUGCUGUUCAUUUCUAUCUGCCAUUUCUGUCAGGGUUGACACAAUCCUGCAAUAAUAGUUAUUCUAAUGAUCACAGCUGCUAAAUGAAUCCCAAACUUUGCACCAGGUCAACAAACUUUUCUGAAGGUUCUAUUUAUUUACAAUACAUAGGGUAACUUACCAAACUUUUUGACAAGGCUGAAGGUUCUAUUUAUUUACAAUACAUAGGGUUACUCACCAAACUUUUUGACAAGGCAACACAUAACUUACACAUACAUGUCCCUGUUCUUGCAUUUAUGAAUUUUCCAAAAAUCUAAGGAGUAGACAGCUUAUUUAUACAUUUUGAGGAGAAAACAAAGUGUUUCACUAGGAACACCUCUACUUGAACCAAUGUUUUUAUUUCACAUAUUUUAUAGUUUUGCAACUACAGUUUCUCAUAAAAUUCUGUCAAUUCACUGAAUAUCAGAGAAUACUGACAUCUUCAACCUAGCACAUUUCAAAUGGAAACUACUGUUGUAUUUGCAAUAUUAGGCUGCAUGAAAUUUUAAAAGGAAAAAUGUAUCUGUUCCUUCUAGCAUUAGCAUAUAUACAUGUAAAGACAAGACUAUACCUAUGUGUAUAUAUAUGUACAUCAUGUAUAUAUUACUCUGCACUCUAUCCCUUCUUUUUGGAGAACUACCCAUUAUUUUAGCCAUAGAAUCAGUAAGAACAGAUGAUAUGCAACAGUACCAAUUACCAUGGUUCAAAAAUGUCUGUCAUCUGCUCUAGUUGGAUUACUAAGUCAUUGGUGAAAGUCCUAUGGCAAGAAAAAUUUUCUUGCAAAUCAUCCACGUAAAAUGAGAUAUUUAAAUUUGUUCUUCAUGGAAAACAGAAUAAGAAAACCUCUUGUCUUCCUUCAUCCUUAAAGGUCUUUGUGACCCCAGGAAAAUACUAUGACUCUGUCUAACACACAAUAGUCACAAUACUUUGUGAAUCUACACCCAGAGGCAGGCAAAAACUUGUAAAGUAAGGGAUAGUCUUACUUAUUCUGCCUGAAAACAAUGUAUUACCCCAGGGCCCAACAGUAAAAGAUUGUGGACUUUUGGAGUAUUGAGAUUUCAUCUAGCUCUGUGAGAGAGCAGCUCCUCAGACUGACCAACUCCUAGACAAAGUUUGCCAACCAUAAGUGUCAAAAGCACAGGCCAGUAUUAAGCAGAAGUUCUACCACCUUAUUAGAACUGCUAUAAACAAAAAAGCAUCUGAAAUUGUGCACAUCUGGCAGUGACUGUAGAAAAUAUGAAAUACAUAUUUCUCGCCAAAAGUUUUUAUACUUUCUGAAAUGAAAAUAUAGGAUUGACUAGUUUACUGGUUUUUAUUCCCAUAUGCCGAUUCUGGGACCACAAAGUUGUUUAAAGCUGGCACAAAUAAGCAUUAACCAAGGCUGUGUCCACCUCCUGUGAGCUAGUUAAGGUAUAUAGGAAAGGAGUGGUCACAAACUUGCAUUCUAAUCCUUGGUGGAGUCUUCUAAGAAUACAGUUUGCUAGUCACAAAGAAUAGUCUACAAAUAUGCUUUGCUAGGUUCAGAAGAUUGAGUUUAUCCUGAUUUUUGAAAAAUUAACCAGGUACCUUUAUCACUGUGUAUUUUUACAAGCACAGUAUAAAAUUUUAACAGAACGCAAAAAAAAAAAAAAAUACAGAACUGCAGGGGAUUUUAUCUUGGAUCAUUAUCCAUUUAAUCAUCUAAUUAGACAUGAACUCAGCUGAAUCAUUUACAUUUUGACUCCAUAGCUUAGGGCAGACAGAAGCCUGUAUGGUUUCUGCCCAGAACUCUGUCCCCUGCUAAAUGUCUAAGUUUACUUGUAUUUAUUUCAGAGAAGAACCCUAAGAUGUUGCUUUGCUACUUUAAGUGGUAUUGCGUGCCAAGCCUCUAUUAUACAAACCAUGCAGACUCACACCUAGAGAUUCUGAUUCGGUUGAUCUGGAGUGUGCGGCUGAGGCAUUACUACUUUUUAAAGCUUCCAGGUGUUCUAAUGUUGAGACCCACUGAUGUUCCACAAUCUGGAAGAAAUCAUGUACAGGAAUAAUAUGCUAUGCACAGGGACUAUGCUCCUUGGCUCACCCCUUCUCCCUUAUAAACAAUGAGCAGUUCUUGAUGAACCUCUUUAAAUUUAAAUCUCCUGACUCACGUUUUAUCAAUUGUACAUGCCACAUUCUCAGUUUACGAACUACCAUGUUUUGUUAUUCUUAAUAUUUAACUGUUUGAUAAGAGUGCAGUUGUUUUUAUAAACUCUAAGAAAUGUGUUUAUAGAUAAUCUACUGUAAUUUCCACUAAAUGGAACCCAAAUAUUAAUCUGUUAUGGUACCAUAUACUGAUGUAAAAAUCAUGCUGGCAUCCAUGAACACACCAGUAAAUAAAACAUAGUCCAAGUGGAAGAAUUCAUUAAUAAGGAACUUAAUUAUGUCACAAAUGAAUAGUUGAUUUCCAAUGCACAAAUAUCAUGUAAACUAAUCUAAAGAUGGUUUGCUUAAUAAAUAUUUAAAUGUGAACUAAUUCUGGCUUAAUCUAUUUAUUAAAAAAUACUCUUAACAGCUCUGAGUUACACAUAAAUGAUGAUAAAACUAUACCUGUUUAAGAAAGUAGGAUGUUCUGGGUAAUUUCUCAACCAACAAUGUACAUUAGAAUGAACUGUUAUUUUUUCCAAAAUACUACGUCUCAACCAGCAGAGAUUCAAAUUCAGCAGGACUGGAGUGGGAGUGAGGCCUGGGCAACCAUGUGUCUAACCUCAGCCAUUUCUGAUACAUAAGCCUGGAUAAGAGCCAGGAACAGGACCAUAGACUCUUGAAACAGGAAGACUUGGGUUCAAAAAUUGGCUCAGUAGGUAAUAAGCCUUGUCACUAAGUUAUUUGUCCCCUGUGGGUCUCAGUGAUCCCAUCUGUGAAAUGAGGAUAACAACACUUAUCCUAUUGGUAUGAAAAUACUUCUUUCCAUGAAAAUUACGAUUGUUUUCAUUUUUCAUCAAUCACACAAAGUACAUAGACUCAUUUCAAUUUUUUUUCUUCCCACCACAGCAACCCUAAUGAGGUAGGUAUAAUGAAAAAAUUAAGGCAUAAUGGGGGCAAUCUGAGAAAUUAGUGUCAGAGUAGACAUAAACCACUGCUCUAACAUCAAGGUUCAAUCUCUUGUAAGCAAAAGAAAGAAACAAGAUUUGACUUGUACUGUAAUGCAAUCUAGUAUAGUCAGUUUCCUUUUUAUGCGAUUCUAUUACGUAAUAGUUACUACCUUCUUUUUAAUGGCCUUUUAUUCCUGGCCACUAGUCUAGUUUUUUCUUUCAUUUUCUUACUUGCCCACCCAACUUUCACAUAGCUGUCAUAAAGAGGAAGAAGGAAGGGUGUAAGAUAAUUAUAAUCUUAGUAAUUUUGAAAUUAUGAUUUGCCUAAUAUUAUCUUGCCACAUAUAUUAAGUUCUCCCUCCCCACAUUUUUUUUUAAUUAUGGGAAGAAGCAAAGAAAUGAACAAACACAUAUAGCACACUUUAAACAGAACUGUUACUUAAAUAACUGAAAAGGCAUUGACAUAAUCUUUUUUUUUUUAUUUAAUUGAUAAAUAAAUACAAGAGAACUGUUGUGAAACCACUGGCAAUAUAGUAAAUUUUAAAGAUUUUAUUUCAACUUCACUCACUUAUAUUUCUUAGAAUGGGGAUAUAUACAUUAUUCACCAAUAAAUGCUAAUGCUUUAAAUUUACAAUUACCCUAUUUGUAGAAACCUGAAGAUCAUUCCAAUUAAAUGAAAAAAAAAUUGUACAAAAACGUUCUUUUGCUCUUACAAUUCAAAAUACAUUCAAAUUCACAUUCUUACAGCAGCCAAAAUCUUGAACCCAAAAUUCAGAACUGCAGUCCUACAAGUGAACAAAAUAGUGUUUUAAUUUAAUUAACAUGAUUGUUAACACUGAAAAAAAAAAACAGUGGCUCCUAAAACAAGACAGGUUAGCAACUAGUACGGCUUUCCCUUCUGGGCACUCAAAGCUUUGCCCUUAUUAUUUUUAUUUCAUCUUUUCAAA